AUGCUCCACUGUGUUCGCCUGCUGGUCGCCAACUCUGCCCGCUCUUGGUUGCUGAGCGUACAGCUUAAACCGGGUUUUUCCACUGAAAAAAACCGCCUGCUGCUGCUGCUGCUGCGGGAACAAGGGCUGGUGAUUCGAAAUAUUGGUUGGUGCCGCUUGGAAAUAGACGUAGCCAGCAAGGUAACGUUUAACCAUCGGGAGUCCUCUAUGGAUUUGGCAGCUGUGGAGGAAAAUAAAGCAAAGGCUUGUUUCCACGAACUCCUGGUGUAUUUGGAACAACAGUGGAACCAUUCUGUCCAGGAGAACAUCAUUUUGCAGAGUCCUGACUUUCCAGGGAUGAAAGACUACUUGGUGAGAAAUGUGUCAGAAACCAACCUGGUUAUUCUGGGGCAAGAUGGGCCACUGAGUUUGGCCGUAAUCCUCUCUGAAUGCCCAAAGGAGGAAAAGAAAAUGCUGGCUUCAGCCUCUGAAAAAUUGGGUUGUGGCAGUUCGGCUGUGGAGCAAAAAUGGACAGAGUUGGACGACAGAGUCAACGAACUGAAAAGGGAGGCUUCGGAGGUAAAGAAGGAAAUGAAGUCACUGGAGGUCCUAUAUGAAAACCAUGACUACAUGCAGAGGACCUGGCAAAGCGAAGGUAGAGUAGAAGACAUUCAGAAACAGAUGAUAGUUUUGUGGGUUUGGUAUGAGUUCAUACUUAAUUUUUAUGUGGCUGUGAAAGAGGAAUGUCUUAAGCAGACCAAUUUUAUCAUACAAACAAAGCAGAUGGUGCUGCUGAAGAUAGUAAAAAUUUUAAAACAGGCAGAGCAGCUUGUUGCAGUUCUCACUGAUAUGGAACUGCCUGAGUGGAAGCGCAUGCAGCAGAUGGCCUGCAUUGGAAGUCCGGUUGACACUUGUCUGAACCACCUCCAGGCUAAAUUUUCUGUGGCAGAAGUGCUAAUACAAGUACGCCAACAGCUGCAGAAACUACAAGACCAGAACGAGAAAUACAACAGCACUGAUGCCUCCAGCCUCCCUGGAGAAACUGAGAAAUUUGCCCUGUCCUUGGUCACAAAGCUUUUUUCAAAUGCUCUAGUGGUUGAGAAACGACCUGUCAUGUUGAGAAUACCACAACGCCCUCUAAUACUUAAGACCGGGGUGCGGUUCACAGCGGCGGUUAGGUUCUUAGCAAACUUACCUGAAUUCAAGUGCCUGCUCAGAGUCAAACCUGUGUUUGUCAAGGAUGUCAAAGAAACCAUGACUAUUAAUGGGUUCCGUCACUUCAAUUUCAACAGGGAUAACAGUAAGGUGUUGGAUGUGGACGUGCCCGGUGGAGGCUUGGUGGCAGAAUUUGCGCACAUGUCACUCAAGGAAAACAAAGCAAGAACCAAAGAUCCUUUGCAAUGUCAUCUGGGAGUCACUGAAGAACUCCACAUCAUGAAGUUUGUGACAGGGUUUCAGCACAAUGUACUGAGUUGUGACAUCGAGAGUUUCGUUCUUUCGAACCUGUUGUUGUUUGCCGACCCCCUUCCGCUCACCUGGCAGCAGCUGUCAGAGGUUCUGAGCUGGCAGUUUUUGUCUGUUGGCCAACGAGAACUUGAUGAAAACCAGCUCUCCAUGCUACGAGGCAAAAUUGUGGAUGAUCCUGAUGGUCUCAUUCAUUGGAUCCAAUUCUCCAAGAAUGAAAGUGCCUGGAUUUGGAUCGAUAGAAUCCUGGAUUUGAUCACAAGACACUUGGUGGAUCUUUGGCGGGAUGGGUACAUCAUGGGGUUCGUGAGCAGGAAGACAACACAUGUCCUGUUGCAGGAAAAACAGUCCGGGACCUUUCUGCUCCGCUUUAGCGAGAGCAACAAAGAAGGAGCCAUCACUUUCAGCUGGGUUGAACACUUCAAUGGUGAGACCCGUGUGCGUGCAGUAGAGCCUUUCACCGAGAAGGAGCUGCUGGCCAUGUGUCUGCCAGACCUUAUUUGCUGCUGCAGGCUGGAAGCACAGGGGAACGAGACCAGGAAUCCUCUGCUCUACCUUUACCCAGACAUCCCCAGAGACACUGCCUUUGGACGCUGCUGCAGCAUCUCUGCGUUGCCAUUGCAACUGCAUAGAUCAUCCAGCUUACUCUCUCUCACACCAUCUCCAUCCCCACUGCAGGACAUGCACAUGGGCAUGGACCUAGACACAAUUACAGAGGAUCAUCAACUGACUCAAUAUCUCUUCUAUGAUCUCCUCGAUUUACCCAGCGGUCCCUCCCUCUGGACACCAACAACUCAGGCCAAUGUUUUCAAUCCCGGUAGCCCCUUCUGAAAACAGGCACUGUGUCAUCAGAAUGGAAAUUUUUACUUCUCAACUAGAAGGACUUUAGUUUUACAUAGAUUUUAUUGUACUUUCUUUUGGUGCAGGUGUUUAUGUAACAAAAUAAAAAAAUAAAAAUAAAACAGAACAAGAUCACUUACCAUCAAAAGUUAAAAUGUAAUAAAAAUAUGGUUGACUAAACUUACAGGGGAGUUAAGAUUUGCUAAAUGUAUUAAACAUAUAAUUUACACAAAAAUACAAGCAAUGUUAAGAUAUUUGGGCAAUGUAAUAUUGUUUUUUUGUUGUUUUUUAAUUCGAAUAUUUGCACAAGCAAGUUUUAGAGGAAAAUCCUGCUGUGGCUAAAAAAUGACAAUGCAGUACUGUAGAUCUUUUUUUUUUUUUUUAAC